GACUGUGGUUCCAAAAUUCACCCAGAGGAGUCCUGUGGCUUGCAGCCUCUGUCUCACGAAUACCUCUCGGCAAUUUCACAGACGGUGUUUAAGACCUGUGAAGCUGGAGACGCAAAAGGGCAGUGGAUUGUCCCUUGCCUCAGCUGCUCUGACAACAGGACCUGUGACUGGAGAGAAAUAACGUGGCAGCCCCAUGGCUGCCGACACUCUGUGCUAGCCAAGCCCGAGCUCCAGCGCUGUGUGGAGGGCAGAAGGAUUCUUUUUAUAGGUGACUCAACUAACAGAGGGAUGAUGUACUAUCUAAUAGAAAGAGUGAAUAAAACUCUUCAGGAAUGGCAAAAGACUCAUGAUGUUAAAUGUUAUCAUAAUAUCAAUGAGGGGAAAACAUUUAUCAGUUACUCCUACUACCCCCAGUUCUGGAUGAAUGCAAACCGGAGACCAACUUUUGAAAAAGCACUGGAACAGCUGCUGCGGAGAUCACGUCCCCUGGAGAACACAGACCAGACUGUAUUAAUUGUAGGUGGUGUUCAGUGGCUUAAUUCCAAUCACCUGCAAAUUAUCCAAAAGGUGUUGAGCAGGGAAAAUCUAUCAAAUAUCCUGGUAAUUAUCAAAUCCAUAGGGAUGGGCUUUCACCUCCCAGUGGAUGGAAUACAUUCUCUAUCACAGGCACAAAUACAAAACCUGUGGAAUGAAAACUUGAUUAUUCUGGAUACAGCAAAAAAAUUGGGCUAUGAAGUGGUAGACACCUUUGUCAUCACCAUGGGACGUUACAAGGAAUUCCUACAAGGGAAGUGCGGUUGUCAUUUCCAUGAGGUGGUGAAAUCCAAUCCCUCUGAAGAACGGCCACACAUAACAAUGACGUUAUCAAGACACUAUACACUGGGGAAGUAUUUCAGCAGUCAAAGCAAACUAUCACAACUGCAGGACUAUGCAACAAAUUCUCAGUCCCCAUAUCAUGUCCGAGGUCCAAUAAAUCAAGUAUAUUCUGAAAUCCUUCUCAGCAGGCUCUGUGCAAGUAAGAGGGAGCUUGUCAGCACAUAGCCUCUCUUGGAUGUAGUGCUGGCACUAGAGAAGUACCACUACAUGAGUGACAAUUGAAGGAUCAUGGAGAAUUUUGACAUGCUUCCUUGAUUGACUGAACAAACACAAACAGUUUGGGAUGUGAUAUUUUUUCAAAAACAUUAUGAAACUAAGAUAUGCCCUAGUGACUCUGUUGUGUCAAAACUGAAGGUGGAGAAAAGAGAGGAAGUUACUUGAACUGUUGCCAAAGACUAGAACAGCUGUAGCUCAAGCAACUGUGUAUUAAUGAUAGUAAAGUGAGAGAAAUAUAUUUACUUGAACAUUUGGAAAGGACUGCUUCAGUUCUUCAGCACUAUAUAGUUUUCUAUUUAUAGAGACACUGUAAUAUUUGAAUGUAUUUAGAAACUGACAACAUUCCAUUUUAAAGAGUUUUAUUUUUAUGUGGAUAGAUUUCCCUUGAAUAUCAAACAUUUUCUAUUUAGCCACAUACAAUUCAAAAUGUCUGUAGCAUUUUACUGAUGAUGCCAAGUUUGAACUCUAGUGGUUUUAGU